AUGGACCAAAAUAAUUCGGAUCCAGACCAAUAUAAUUCGGAUCCAGACCAAAAUAAUUCGGAUCCAGACCAAAAUAAUUCGGAUCCAGACCAAAAUAAUUCGGAUCCAGACCAAAAUAAUUCGGAUCCAGACCAAAAUAAUUCGGAUCCAGACCAAAAUAAUUCGGAUCCAGACCAAAAUAAUUCGGAUCCAGACCAAAAUAAUUCGGAUCCAGACCAAAAUAAUUCGGAUCCAGACCAAAAUAAUUCGGAUCCAGACCAAAAUAAUUCGGAUCCAGACCAAAAUAAUUCGGAUCCAGACCAAAAUAAUUCGGAUCCACACCAAAAUAAUUCGGAUCCACACCAAAAUAAUUCGGAGCCAGCUGUGGAAUGUCUAUCCUGUACCCAUUUCGCUAGUUCAGCAUAA